AUUUGCGGAAACUUAAGGUGGAUAGAUUACUAAAAAAAAAAAAAGAGUCGUACUUGACUUCUUGAUUGAGUACAUCAUAAAUAAAAAUAAUAAUUCAUAGCACAUAGAUUAAUAUAAUAAUCAUGUUAAUUUGACAAUAUAUGAUCCUCCAAUUCUUCAUCAACCAACUACUACAUAUAGAUGUAAAGUCUUUGCUUAGCUUCCUCAAUCACCACAAUUUUAUUGUUUUGCCUUAUCUUUUAAACAUAAAGUAUUUGCUAAUGGCGAGAGUUUCCGGCAUAACCUUGGUUUCGGCCGUCAUGUUAGCGGCGUUUCUAGCCGUGUCAGCCGCUGAGGAGACAAGAACAUGCAAGUUAGCCGACGAAUUCUGCGGAGGCAUAGCCGCAUUUCAAUGUUGCGAUGGAUAUGAAUGCAAACUUGAAGGAAAUUUCCCAGAUGCAGGUGGAAAAUGCAUUAAAUCAUGUCCCAAAUCAGGCCAAAUGUGCGGCGGAUUCGCCGGAAUUCAAUGCUGUGAUGGAUACGAAUGUGUGAUUAAAGAUAAACAUAUAGCAGAUGCUUCUGGAAUCUGUAAAAAGAGACCAUCUUGCCAAAGAGCUGGCCAAAACUGUGGUGGUUUUACUAGAUUUCCACUUGAAUGCUGUAAAGGAUUUAAAUGUGUGCUCAAAAACCCUGAAAUUGCUGACAUUGGUGGCACUUGUCAGCGAAUUUAUUAGUUUUCAUAAAAGGUAUGAAUUUGGUGGGAUAUCGAUUUUAAGUUUAUUUUCAUAAUAAAGUGGUUUCAUACAAAAUUAAGCUUAAAAUGAAGAUGAGGUUGAUGUACUAUAUAAUAUAUUGUUUCUUAAUACGUUUGUUUUUGUUUAGUUGUCGAUUAUAAUAUAUGUAUCAUUGUUAGUUUGUUACUAUGUAAUAAAUUUUACCAUAAUAAUAUGGAAUAAUGGUUGAUGUUUAAGUGUUUGAUUUUGAUUUUU